GUUAUCUUGACAGCUACGCUACCAAGAAGUUACUCAUUUCGGGAAAGUUGAUUAUGUUUCCAGUAUAAUGAGCACUGCAGAACCGUUCGCAGGGUGGCUUUACAAAUGGACAAAUCUUAUUAAAGGCUACAAAAAGCGUUGGUUUUUAGUGCAGGAUAAUUUACUCAGCUACUACCGAGAACCGGAUGCAGUUGGGCGACAUUGUCGUGGGACUUUCGACUUGACGAACGCCCACUUAAGUGUUCAGGAGUCUGGGUGCUCCUUUAUUUUGACAGAGAGUUCCGGAAGAAAGCAUCACUUCAAGGCGUUGUCCGAAGAAGAUAAGGAGAAUUGGAUUAUUGUUCUUACAGACUUAAUUUCGAGAUCUCAGGUUACCCAUACUGAGAUUGAGUCAGAUUAUUCAUCAUUUAACAUACUUCGACCAGACAAAGAGAACAAUUGUAAGCGAAAUUCUUUCAGAUUUACUCUUAAAGGUCGACCAAAGUUGGAUAUUAAAACAACCAGUUUCCCAGUUCUCCCUCAACCGCUUGCUAACCAAUCAAUAUCACUGAAUAACUGUCAAUGUGCUAGCCAAUCGUGUUCACACGACGGUUUAUGUAAUUCAACUUUUAGUGAGAAGUUCCGAAGAAUAAAGCUCAAGCACGAUUUAUCAAAAUCCGAUUCUAGGUGUGUAUCAGAUGCUCCAAUAUCAAAUUCAUUUUCUCUCCCUAUGCAUGAACCAAAUGUUUCUACCAAUGACCUCAAGGUAAAAAGUGAUACAGGAAGACGUUUGUCUCGUCAAUAUGUCAUUUCAAUUGAAGAUAGCAACCGUUUAGGAAUUAUAGAGGCUUUAAAGAGACGCCUACAUGAUCAUAUUAGUAACAUUUGUUCUCAAGUCAGUAAUAUCGAGUCAAUGCUUACAUCAGUCUCAAGUGAAUUAUCCAGUUUGCUGCUGCAGCCAUGUUCAUUCCCAUUGAAUUCAGAUGAUCACUUUUCUGCCUCAGACCUAGAAAGACGGACUACUUCUCUUAAACUUGCCUUACUCGAACAUCGUAACGACGCAAAAGAAUUUUACGAGGCGUCUACUGAAGCGUUGCAGUUCUUAACUGGAACUUAUGCUCGAUUCAGUCGACAACUUGUUUUAGAACAAGAACGUUGUAUAACAUUGGAGAGGACCGUUGAACAGUUGGCUAAAGAAUUACGUAGUUUGGAAAUUCAGUUAAAAUAUCAUAUUCCUUUGGUUGUUGAAGACAAACAUAUAAAUCAAAUUCAAUCUGAAGAAACCAAGCAAACUGUCAAACAAUCAGUAGAAAAACUACUUGAUGAAGAAUACAGUGAUGAAUUUUAUGACGCCAUGUCUAAUUUGGAUGUGACUGAACAACAAUAUAAUGAUUCACUCAUUUCUAAAAUCAAUCAAUCUACAGUACAAAUGCCUAGACCAUUACAUUAUAAUUCAUCAUCAUUGCAUAAUAGUGAUGUAACUCAAGUGUCAUCAGCAAGUUUAAGAAGUUUGGUGAAUGUUGAAGAAACAUCAGUUUCAGGCAGUGAUUUAGAUUUACCAAAUGGAUACACUAACAAAACUAAUGUUUUUACAUCUAUGCCGUCUGAUGGAUAUCCAAACACGUAUAACAAAAAUUCUACUACUGACCAGCAUAAUAACACAUUGAAAUAUGGACAAAUUCGUAAACGUCGAAAUACCAUACCUGUUUCACCGAAAAUUGCAUUAAAUUUAUGGGGCAUAAUUAAAAAUGCUAUCGGUAAAGAUCUUGCGAAAGUUCCUAUACCUGUAAAUUUCAACGAACCUUUGUCAUUCCUUCAACGAGCUGUUGAAGAUUUCACAUAUUCUAAUCUGUUAGAUUAUGCUUCACAGACAAGAGAUCCAGUGGAACAAAUGGCUUAUGUUGUAGCAUUUUCAGUUAGUUGUUAUAGUUCGACUGCUUAUCGUGUAGGAAAACCAUUUAAUUCAUUACUCGGCGAAACUUAUGAAUGUGAUCGUACAGAUGAUAUGGGUUGGCGUUGUAUUUCAGAACAGGUUAGUCAUCAUCCACCUGGUUGCAGUCAGUAUUGUGAAUCAUUACGACAUAAAUGGAAAGUUUGGCAAGAUUAUUUUUUGUCAACAAAAUUUCGUGGCAAAUAUUUAUCUAUCAGUCCUAAAGGUACCAUUAAUCUGCAGUUCGCUGAUGGAUCACAUUAUACUUGGACAAAAGUAACAACAGUUGUUCAUAAUUUAAUUGUUGGUACAAUAUGGAUUGAUAAUUAUGGUGAUGUAACCAUAGAAAAUCAUAAAACUGGUUAUUCAUGUAGCCUGCAGUUUAUCGCUCAUUCUUAUUUUAAUAGAGGACAGUCAAGACGAGUUACAGGUUUUGUGAAAAAUUCAACUGGUGUACCAGUUGCUGUAAUUCAAGGAACAUGGGAUAAUUAUUUAGAAUAUCAACGUUUAUCAAUCGAUAAAAUACCUGUCGGUGAGCCAAUAUUAAUAUGGAAAACUGAUCCAUUACCUUCUAAUGCUUCUGAUAUGUAUCACUUUUCUCGAUUUGCUAUUGAAUUAAAUGAAAUGGAAGAUGGUGUUGCACCGACUGAUUCAAGACGUAGACCUGAUCAACGUCUUAUGGAACAAGGAUUAUGGGAUCAAGCAAAUGAAGAAAAAAGGCGCCUUGAAACGAAACAAAGGAAUAAACGACAUGCAUGGGAGAAAGCAGUUAGAGAAGGUAUUAUUCUGAUGUUGUUUUAAGGCAGAAUUGUAUCAUUUAUUAUUUACUACAUCAUUUAUCAAACCAAACUUCAUCGUCAUGUCAUGAAUUCUAACUUUUCUACGUCAGGGACUAUUGAAACCAAUAUAGGUACUUACAUGUUUAAACCAUCAGGUAACAACAUAUAACAUAUUAAAAAUACCACAGAUAAAAUAAUUUAGCAACAUGUCAACUGAUUUAGUUUUAGUUAACCUUAUUGUUUUAUUUCUAAAUGGUAUAAAAUACAAUAUUGAUGGUAAACAGUUUAAUUUAUAAGCCUACACUUCAUUGUUAUAAAGUAGCUUUUUAUCCACAGUCUCUUUAGCACAUGUUUAAUACCAUAUUACAAUGGAUUUUUCACAUUUACGUGUUUUAUUCCAUUUUCUAGUCUUCUAUCAGUUAAUAGUUAAAUGAAUUAGCUAUCUAUCAAUAGUAUUUUUUUGUUCAAAGAACAUGGUUAUGACGGAUCAGUUAUUUAGUUUACUUUACCGCACAGUUUUCUGAUUACUAAUGCAGUAACAUGCUUAAAAAGUAAUCGUAUGUUUUUAUUUCAUAACUUGUAAGCUGAUUCUAUUUCACUAGUUGCCUGAUUUUUAGAUAUCACUAAGCGUUAGUAUUUGGACUUUUAGUAACACUGCCUAUUGAUUAUCUUAUAGGUCUCGAAAGAUUUACUUCUUUGAAGAUUCAUCUAUAGUGGGAAAAGUAGAAAAUCUUUCCAUAUUUAUUGUUCGGACAUGAAAUUAUAUUGUUUAGGAAUUAGGAUAGUGUGAAUUUAAUUUGAGUGACUGACCUUUGAUUGCGGGAAAAUUAUUUAUUCGGUUUUUGAAUAAAGAUAAUCGAAUUUAAGGAAUAUAGGUAUUCGACUAUUCCAUCUGUAAUGGAGUCACUUAAGUGUAUGGUUUGAUAUUUGUAUAUAUAUAUGCUAUUUUUCUUCAGGUCAAACAGACGAACCAUUAUUCACACCAGUUUGGUUUUCACCAAAACAUGAUGUCAAUGGUAAUGUAUAUCAUGAAUAUUUAGGAAACUAUUGGAAAUCAAAAGAACAACAAGAUUGGUUAAAAUGUCCAGAUAUUUAUUGAAAAGUUUUUUUAGAUCUUAUUUUCAAUUAUUCUUGUAGAAAGUGUAAAAGAUUAUUUCAGUACAAAAAAUUGUUUCUGUGCGUCAUUAAAAACUGUCUUUCCUGUUCACCUUGAUAGUUAGUGUUGGUGAAUCCUAUUACAUUUUUUUAGAACAUUUUUGUUUGUUUAUAGUUUAUGUCUUUUAAAAGAGAAAGAAAAGCUAAUUUUGAUCUGUAAUUUGUAAUUCUUGUUAUUGAUAUUUAUAAAAUAGUCCUAAUUCACAUUAACUUCAUUCUCUGUUUCUGUUCCGUUUUGACGUUUUCAUUCUCGACUUAUUUCCCUACUUCUCUUCUACUUUGUUCUGUUUUGUUGGACUACUGUCAUCUCUUCAUUUCUUUAUCUAUCUGUCUUUAUAACUGAUCGAAUUCUCUACGUUGGGCUUUCACUAGCUUCUCUAACCAUUAGCCUAUUUUUGUGUUUCUUUUUGAACUACUGAUUUAUUGUAAUAAGUAGGAUGUUUUGUGUAUAAGUGCAUUGUCGUGUACUUUAUUGUAAAUAAAUGCGUAUGUGGCUUUGAUGAUUCCAUUUUUUGAAUCUCUGCACCUACUCAACUUUUAUCAUAGUAAUAUUAUUUUUAACUAUGAUCAGAAUAUCGACUUCAUUAACAUUUAUAAAAAUUUUUGCUAAAAAUUUGCCAUAUGGGACUUCGUCGAAAGUCUUAAAGCCUGAUAUUGAUGAUAAUCUUUAGCAUGAACCAUUGAUAUGACGUCAUGAUUAUCACAUUUUAUUUUCACAUGACUUUUGUUAUAAAAAAUAAUGUCAAUAAGUGUCAACCACUGUUUAUUUUACUUAACGCCAUUACUAUUAGGGAGAAUAAAUUGUUCACUGUGAUGAUGAUGAUGACUAUGGUUGUUUACUUGUUCUUGUUUAAUUUUGCCAAUUUAUAAACAUAUAUACUCUUCUUUAUGUCAUUUUCGCCACUUAGUUGACUAAGGUGGUUUUGGUGUUGUUCUUCUUUUAUUUUGUUAAGUGAUUUUUUAAAAUCCUUUCUCUUCAUAUUUAUUAUUUUACAUUUCAGUGCUGUUUCCAUCCUUUUUCUGCCUUAUUUUUAUUGCACCAAUUGUGUUAUUGUGUAUUCGUUUCAUAUGAUCAAUUUGUUAACUUCACUGAUUACCAACAUACUGUUUUAAUGAUUUGUGCAAAUAUAUAUGUAUUAAAUCUUAUGAAGUUAAUAUCUUUACUGUUUCUUGAAAUUCUGUAUAAUAAAAAUUUGACAAAGGAAAAUAGGAGACAUUUACAUGUUUGUUUCCGAAUGUAGGUAUAUAGAUAAUUUAAUUUGUUGACUUAAUGCUAUUUAGAUGCAGUUUGUAUUUGUCAUUUAGUUCACUUAUGGAUUAUUUUCUCUUUCUUUUUUUUUUACCAACACUAAAUUGUUGAUUCUUUCAAUUAACUUUUACAACUAAAUUUGCUCAUUUACACAUGUAAAGAUGUAUUUAGAAAAGAAUGUAUUUUGAAAGGGAAAACUCUCUCACCUUUUUCUUUCUAUAAAAUAUACUACUUAAUUUUCUGUUAUAUUUUGCUGUAUGAUCAACCAGUUUUGUUUAUGAAUUUCUGUAUUACUUAUUCUACUAACUUUGAAUUAUAUUGUGCAUAAUUUACAUCUUUCAUCAAUAAUUUUUCUGCUUAUUUCUUCGAUUAUUUUUUUCCUUUUAGUUUGUUUUUAUUUUAACAGCCUGAUUGCCAAGAUUGAAUUCAGUUUAUAUUGUGUUUUGUUUCUAUAAACAAAAUUGUUUUUUUUUUAUUCUGAUAAAAAGAAUCCGAAUUAUUUGAAUAC